AUGAAUAAUAACAACAGUCCAUUACUUGGAAGAAAUUUCUUGCGUAAAUUCAAUUUUGAGUUAGUGCAAAUAAAUUUGAUUACAAAUUCAAAUGAUCAUGCUAUACUUAUCGAACAAUUUAAAAAUGAAUUUCAUGAUGUUUUUAAAAAUGACCAUGGCACGUAUAAAUUGGGAAAAAUUUCUCUUGAAGUUGAAAAAGAUUGUAAACCUGUAUUCUUUAAACCACGUAAAGUACCGUUUGCGUGGAAAGCUAAAAUUGAAAAUACCUUGAGAGAUUUGAUAGCUAAAAAUGUUAUAGAACAACUUAAUGGGGAUAUUAGGAUUUGCGGUGACUAUAAAGUCACAAUAAACAAAUAUUUGUCUGACUUUCAUUAUCCUUUACCAUUAAUAGACGAAAUAUUUGCGUCACUUCAAGGAGGUGAAUUAUUCACCAAACUUGAUCUAUCAAAUGCUUAUAAUCAACUCGUUCUAGACGAGAAAUCUCAAAUGCUAUGUACAUGGUCAACUCAUAUUGGCACAUUUAAAAUGAAACGAUUACCUUUCGGUGUUAAACCGGCAGCAGCCAUUUUUCAGAAAACCAUUGAAGGUUUGUUGAGAGACAUUCCUUUUGUAGUUGCAUAUCAAGAUGAUAACACAGUUUCGGGUAAAAACAUGUCAGAACACAUCAAAAAUUUGAAGCUACCGAUUGUACCAACGGAUGCUUCAAAUUCUGCUGUAGCUGGAAUUUUGUCGCAUGAAUUUGCAAAUAAUGAACGUAAACCCAUAGCGUUUAUAUCUGGAGCUUUAUCUAAAGCUGAGCAAAAUUAUAGUACUCUUGAAAAAGAGACGUUAGCAAUUUUCUUUUGCAUAACAAAGUUAAAACAAUAUUUAAUUGGUAAUUAUUUCGUUAUAAAAAUGGACCAUAAACCGUUAACGUCAAUUUUUAGUGAAACAAAAGGUUUACCAAUAAUGGCAGCAGCUCGCAUGCUACGAUGGGCCUUCAUUCUUUCAGGUUUCAACUAUAACAUCACAUACGUCAAUGGACACUCCAAUGACGCUGAUCAAUUGUCACGAAUGCCUCAACGUAAGUUGAAUGAAAACACUAAUGAAGACAGCACAUUUGUAAAUUUUAUCGAAAAUGAUAAUAUUUUAAGCCUUGACUUUAAAGGCAUAGCAAAAGAAACCAGACGAGACCCAAUUUUGUCUAAAAUUUGUAAAGCCGUAAAAAUGGGAACACUUAAAAAUUUGAAGGGAAAUGAAUUCUCGAUCUUUGUAAACAAAGAUGUUGAGCUAACCGUUGAAUAUGAUUGCUUAUUAUGGGGAUAUCGAGUUGUUAUACCUUAA